CUUGGUCUUAGCCAUGGUUUCCUCUCCUAUUUGGUUGCAGUACGCUGUUGGGACUUUGGGAUGGCUAGAACAUUCAAUUGGCUGUGAUGAUCUCUUACUAAGGUCUUGUCUCCAGUUGUAGCUUUGCACCUGCAACAGCCAACAGAUACUCUCCUUCCAGGCCAAUUUCUGAUUGGUAGCUAGACCCUAACUCUCAAAAUAUGGUACUUUCAUGUUGGGUUUCAAAUGCCCAUUUCCUCCAUGUGGUUUAGGUUUCACGUUUGGCAUAUGGUCAUUAGAUCAUCACCUUAUAGCCCUCUUUAAUCUUGGCGUCCGUUGAGGAUCAUGUCGUCUUUAACCCUUGGUAUUGGCGUAUUACUAGGGUACUCUAUCAGUUCUGUGUAUCUGUAAUUCGGUAGUAGGGUACUCUGGCUCUGGCUCUGUGUUGUGGUCUUGGUGAUCUGCUCCAGCCUCCAGAGAGUAGUACGAUGACGAUUGAAACUGUUGUUCUACUGAUGGCAGAUGUGUUAGCAGUCAUCCUUAUUGGUCUGGUUCUUUUGCGAGUAAUGGGAAAACAGAAGUUUUGUACGGCGGAUAAACCAGUGAAUUCCAAUAGCGGCCUCACGAUCUUCUCGGAUACUCAGAUAAAGAGAGCAACUAGAAAUUUCUCGGAGAAACUUGGAGAAGGAGGCUUCGGCUGUGUUUUCAAGGGGACAUUGCAAGGUUCCUCCGUGGUGGCCGUCAAAAAGCUUAAAGACAUUAGGCAAGGGGAGAAGCAAUUCCGAGCAGAAGUGCAAACAGUUGGAAUCAUCCAGCACAUCAAUCUUGUUCGUUUAUAUGGGUUUUGUGCCGAGGGAAGCAAGAGGUUGCUGAUAUACGAGUACAUGGAGAACGGAUCUUUGAGUUCCCAUCUGUUUUCAAGGACUUCUGUAAAGCUAAUCUGGGAGCUCCGGUACCGUAUAGCAUUUGGGAUUGCAAGAGGCUUGGCUUAUCUACACGAGGAAUGCGAGGACUGCAUUAUACACUGCGACAUGAAGCCGGACAAUGUGCUCCUUGAUGCACAUUUCUGUCCUAAGAUUGCAGACUUCGGUAUGGCGAAGCUUCUUGGUCGAGAUUUCAACAGGGCCCUGACAACAAUGCGGGGAACCAUCGGAUACCUUGCACCGGAGUGGAUCUCGGGGCUUCCCAUCACACACAAAUCUGAUGUUUACAGCUACGGAAUGACACUUCUUGAGAUUAUAUCAGGGCGAAGGAAUGCAGAGAAAAUUAAGGAAGGGAGGUUCACUUACUUUCCCAUCUUUGCUGCAGUCAAGGUGGCCGAAAGAGAUGUCAUGUGCCUGCUGGAUAGUUGGCUGGAUGGCUAUGUCAAUGUCGAGCAGCUGAGCAGAGCUUGCAAGAUCGCAUGCUGGUGCAUCCAAGAUGAUGAGGAUCACAGGCCAAUGAUGGGGCAAGUUGUUCGCAUGCUAGAGGGUGUCAUGGAUGUUGAAGUGCCUUCUGUUGCGAGGUCAUUACAGAAUUUUGUAGGCAUGGAGGAUUGCUUACACUCGCUAGACCGAGCUUAUCAUUCUUUUCUUUUUCUCCAGUAG